AUGGCCGAAUACGAAGCUUGCAUACUAGGUCACCGAUGGGCGAUUGACUUGGAUGUCCAGGAAACGCUAAUAAUAGGGGAUUUAGACAUAUUGAUCCAUCAGGUUCGAGGUGAUUGGCCUAAUCACAAUUACAUUGAUCCUAUUCACAUUUACAUACAUGAACAACCAGAUUAUUAUUUACAUGUUGAGGAAGAGCCUGAUGGAAAGCCCUGGUACGAUGACAUUAGGGGAUAUUUGAAGAGGGGCGAUUACACAGAAGAUGCAACGAAUGUACAAAAGCGUAAAAUUCAAAGGAGAACUCACGAUUUGGGGGUGCUAAGAUGCGUCGAAGCAGGAGAGGCUCGAAGGCUGGUCGAAGAGAUACGUGCAGUCACCUGUGACCCUCACAUGAACGGUUUUACAUUAGCAAAGAAGAUUCUGAGAUCAUGA